AUGCAAAUGCACCCAUUGCUUUGGGAUCAAGAGCUGGAUCCCGAUUAUGAAGAGAGGUAUUAUGAAAUACCAAGGAGAAAGGCCCGGGAGAUCCGGGAGGCGUGCCGUGAAUCGGAAGAAUCUGGGAAAGAGGUGCAGCCCCAAUCAAAUGAGAAGUCGAAAGUAGAUGAGCAUUCCGAGGCUGGUAGUCUCAUCAGUGAAAUGGUUUGGAGCGGGCCUACCAGUGAUGUAGCACCUCUGAGGUUUAAGGAUAUUGACCUAUCCGAUGCAUCUAAGGACAACUAG